AUGUGUGCCAAGAUUGACGCAAAAGACGUGACCGAGGGGCCAGAAAUGAUGCCAUGGCACGAACACAGCUUAGGAAAAAAUGAUGCAAAAACACAACUGCGUCGCCCCAAAAAUGACAUGAGAUGUGAAUAUAGCUAUAAAAAAGAAGCAACAGAAAGAAAACAAGCAUCGCCAGAAGAUGACAUAAAGAAAACAAUCAGGAAAAGUCCUAAUAUUAAGAAACUAUUGUCCUUAAGGGAAAAGAUAGAUAAAACAGUGAUCGAAGAAAAUGCUUUUGAAGCUUUGGAAAAAGAUUUCCAGGAAGUCCUCAGAGAGCUCACGGGGGAUAAGAGCCUGGAGAAGUUCAGAGUGGAGUAUGAGAAGCUUCACAGCGUCCUUAAAAAAUCGUAUGAAAACGAAAAGCGCUUGAUGGCAAAAUGCAGGGAGCUGAAUUCAGAGAUUGUGGCGAACUCAGCUAAAGUGGCCACAGCCCUUAAACUUUCCCAAGAGGACCAGACGACUAUAGCUUCACUAAAAAAGGAAAUUGAAAAGGCUUGGAAAAUGGUGGACUCAGCCUAUGAAAAAGAACAGAGAGCAAAAGAAACCAUUCAGUCACUGAAAGAUGAAAUUGUCAAUUUGACAAAACUGGUGGAACAAAGUUCUGGCUUGUCGCUGGGUCAGGAGCACAGUAUGAACGAUCUCCUGAACAUCAAGGAUGAUUUGACCAAAGAGCGAGACCAGCUGCUGUCAGAGGUGGUGAAACUGCGAGAGAGUCUGAUGCAAGCGACUGAGAAACAGCAGGAAGCUGAGAGGGCGAAAGAGGAGGCAGAGCAGAGUAUCACGCAGUUCCAACAAGAAAUCCAGGUGCGUCAGAAUGAGGCCUCUAGGGAAGCGCGUAAGAAGGAGAAGCUUGAGAAGGACCUAAAAAAUGUACAGAACGAGCUUGAUAAUAAGGGGGUGGAGGUCAAGUCACUGCAACAGACCCUGCAAAAAAGCAAAGAGGAACUGCAGAAGCUGGAACAGCAGCUCAAAGAGCACAAGAUUCUAAAUGAAAGAGUCACCAGAGAGCUAGAACAGCUUCAGAUCAGAAAUGCUAAGCUACAACUUGAAAAUGAACAGCAGAGUGUCCUGAACGAUCAGCUAACUCAGGAAAACCAGCAAAAGCUUCUGGAGCUGAAGGCUAAAGAGGAAGAGGUGAAUCAGAUGCGACAGGAAACAUCAAAACUUUCCAAAGUAAGAGAAACUAUACAGAGAAAAUGUCGCCAAAUUGAGGAACAAAAGACUGACGUGGAGCAGCAGCGAGAGACCCUGAAAAACCAAAUCAGUGGACUGGAGAGAGAGCUGGAAUCUGCUAAGAAGCAAGCAGAGUAUGAUAAGAAGGCUAUAGACGAGCUGGUGAGAGAAAGAGACUUAUUGAAUAAGAACCUGCUAAAAGCUGGAAGUGCCACUGAGAAACAAGUCAACUUGGUAAAACUCCACGAAAAGUCGAAGAAAAACCUUGAAGAAGAGAUCCAGAAUUACAAAGAGGAAGCCCAAAAACAGCGAAAAAUCAUUUUCCAGUUGGAGAAGGAAAGAGACCGUUACAUUAAUGACGCCAGUGAUCUCACCCAGAAAGUCCUACAGCAUAUGGAGGAAAUAAAAGUCCGGGAGAUGCAGAUCUUUGAAUACAAAAAGAAGAUUGCCGAAGGGGAGACCAAACUAAAGCAACAGCAGAACCUGUAUGAGGCCGUGAGAACUGACAGGAACCUGUACAGCAAAAAUCUCAUCGAGGCACAGGAUGAAAUCACAGAACUUAAGAGAUCACUUAAGAUCAUGAACCACCAGGUGGACCAGCUGAGGGAGGAGAUCGCUUCUAAAGAGUCAGCACUUGUAAAGGUGCAUUUGGAUCACCAACGUAUAGAAAAGGAGAAAGAGUCAUUGAAGGCUGAACUGCAGAAGAUGAGGCAGCAGAGUUUGGAGACCAAACAGUUCAUUGAAAAUCAAGAGGCAGAGGAGAGGAAGUUGCUGAAGAUAAUCUCAGAGGCUGACGCAGAGCGGCUAAGGCAAAAGAAAGAACUGGAUCAGGUUAUUAGUGAGAGGGAUAUUCUUGGAACACAGCUGGUCCGCAGGAAUGACGAACUGGCACUUCUCUACGAAAAGAUUAAGAUCCAACAGUCCAUUCUGAACAAAGGGGAGCGUCAGUACAAACAGAGGGUAGAGGACAUUCGGCUUCUCAAACUAGAGAUAAAGAAAUUGAGGCGAGAGAAAGGAAUCCUUACCAAGACGGUGGCCAAUGUGGAAGAUCUUAGGCGUGAGGUGUAUCACAUGCAGAGAGAGCUACUGAAGGAGAGGACCCGCUGCCGAGCUUUGGAAGAGGAGCUGGAGAACCCGAUGAAUGUGCACAGAUGGCGAAAGCUGGAGGCCAGUGAUCCCGGCACCUAUGAACUCAUUCAGAAAAUACACACACUGCAAAAGCGCCUGAUCAGCAAGACGGAGGAGGUGGUGGAGAAGGAACUGCUGCUGCAGGAGAAAGAAAAGCUGUAUGUGGAGCUGAAGCACAUUCUCGCCCGACAACCAGGCCCAGAAGCCGCUGAGCAGCUACAAAUCUACCAGCAAACAUUGCGGGAAAAGACCAAACAGCUAAAGGCUUUGUCAUCAGAACUUAACAUGUACGAGUCUCAGAGUCAGGAGUACAAGUAUGAAAUUGAGAGGCUGGCCAAUGAGCUUCAGAACGUGAAGAAGAAAUACCUGACCCAGAAACGCAAGGAGCAGCAGGCCAGG